AUGGGCUCAACAGAGAAAAAGCAGCUGAUAAUCAAUGCCUUCGCGAUGCAUUCGCCGAGUCACCUCAACCCAGGACUCUUUCGCUACCCCGCAGACAAAGGCGCAGACUACAAAAACAUCAAGCAUUGGAUGGCAUUGGCACAAAAGCUCGAGAAAGCCAAAUUCCACGCCAUAUUCUUCGCCGAUGUCCUAGGUGGCUACGAUGUCUAUCGAGGCCCCGCGAAUCUAGACCCGACCAUUCCUGCCGGUGCCCAGUUCCCAAUCAACGAUCCCCUGUAUAGCAUUCCUGCCAUGGCAGCCGUCACAGAGAGCAUCGGGUUUGGGGUAACGGCAUCAACGACCUAUGAUGCGCCCUACGCACUUGCUCGCCGGUUCUCGACCGUCGACCAUUUAAGUAACGGUCGGAUUGGAUGGAACAUUGUUACCUCGUACCUGGAUUCCGCAGCGAGGAACUUCGGCCUAGAUACCCAGGUUGAGCAUGAUGAGCGCUACCGCAUUGCCGAUGAAUACCUGGAUGUUACCUACAAGCUUUGGGAGGCGUCGUGGAGAGAUGAUGCCGUGGAAUGGAAGCAGAGUGAUGCUACGCCAAAUGGUGCGGUAGAGGGUCAACGAUAUGCGGACCCCCGUGGAGUUCGCCAGAUCAAUCAUAAGGGGAAAUAUUUUCAAGUGCCUGGUCCUCAUCUGUGCGAGCCCAGCCCUCAACGCACGCCAUUCUUGCUGCAAGCUGGUACUUCAACUGCUGGAAAAGCAUUUGCAGCGAAGCAUGCAGAGGCGGUGUUUUUACAUGCGCAGAAGCCCGAGCUAGUGCGGCCAUCUGUGGAUAGUAUUCGGCAGCAAGCUGCUGACCUAGGACGCAAUCCUCGAGAUAUCAAGAUUGUGGCUGGGGCUCUGGUUGUUGUAGCCGAGACCGAUGAAGCGGCACAGGCUAAAUUUGACAAAUUCAAGAAAUAUGGAGAUACCGAGGGUGCGCUGGCUCUAUUCGGUGGGUGGACUGGAUAUGAUCUUUCCACGUAUACAGACGAUCAAGACUUCCGAUUUGUGGAGCAGCCUGCCGUGCGCAGUAUGGUGAAUCACUGGGCGAGCACAGUGCCUGGUACAGAAGGCAAGAAGUGGGAUAAGAAGACGAUCGCCGAAUACUUGACUCUAGGUGGCAAUGGUGUUAAGAUCAUUGGCAGUGUCUCAACGGUGGCUGAUGAGUUGGAACGCUGGGUUGAUGUUGGUGAUGUUGACGGAUUUAAUCUGAGCUAUGCCACCAUCGAUGAGACUUUUGAUGAUAUUAUCAACCUUCUGCUUCCAGAACUCCAAAGACGUGGCUUGUUUUGGUCAGACUACGCUGUGAAGGGUGGUACAUUUAGAGAGAAUAUGUACGGCAAACAGGGACAGUCAAGAUUGCCUGAUGCUCACCAGGGAGCCAAGUUUUUCUGGAAACAGGGUGAAGAGGUACCGCCUUAUUCAUUGACUGAGUCACAGCAAUAG